AUGGUCGCGUUCUUGAACAUGUUCGCACUACAUCUUGUAUGGCUCGCCCUGUUUGCCUCUCCAGUGGCCUCUUUGUCGACAAUGACGCCACCUCCAAGGAUCAUCCAAGGAGGAAUGGGCAUUCGCAUCUCUUCCUGGGAGCUUGCUCGAGAGGUUUCCAAAACGGGCGAACUUGGCGUCAUAUCUGGUAGCGGAAUGGACACCAUUUUCAUUCGAGGCCUUCAACUGGGCGACCCUGAUGGAGCGUUUCGUCGUGCUCUUGCAACAUUCCCGGACCAAGACAUGGUUCAGCGAGCCAUGGACAAGUAUUUCGUGGAAGGAGGCAAAGAUGAGCACGCAGCCUUCAAGCACCUACCAAUGUGGAGUCUCAAACCGCAGCAGUCUUUAUUGGAAGCGACGGUGCUGGCGAACUAUUGUGAAGUGUGGUUGGCCAAGCAUAAUGACGACAGCAAGCCGACAGGAGGCCUUGUUGGUAUGAACUUGCUCACCAAGGUCGAGCUUCCCACUAUCCCUUCCCUCUAUGGUGCCAUGCUCGCGGAUGUGGACUAUAUCAUCAUGGGAGCUGGGAUUCCCAUGGCCAUCCCGGGAAUCCUAGACAAUCUGGCCGAAGCUCAAGAUUGCGUUCAGUCUAUUCAUAUCGAAGGAACUCUCUUGGAAAACACACCUGAACCCACCUUGACCUUCUCUCCACAAGACUUCUGGGAACAGGCAGGCAAGCCAGAGCUCAACAAGGAACUCAAGCGCCCAGACUUUCUUCCCAUUGUGUCCAGUGUUGUCUUGGCCCAGAGCAUGCUCAAGCGCGCCUCGGGAAAGGGCCCCACAAAGGGCAUCGAUGGGUUUGUGGUGGAACUGAACACUGCAGGUGGUCACAACGCCCCGCCCCGUGGCGCCAUGGAUCUGAACGAGAAAGGAGAACCAGUCUACGGACCAAAAGACGACGUUGACCUGACCAAAUUCCAAAAAGCCGUCAAGGGACUUCCCUUUUGGAUGGCUGGGUCUUACGCCAAGCCAGAAAAGUUUGCCCAAGUCAAGGAAAUCGGAGGAGCCGGUGUCCAGGUUGGAACAGCAUUUGCCUUGAGCCAAGAGAGUGGUAUGAAAGAUGAAACCCGCCAACGCAUCUUGAACGAGUUGAUGGAUCACGAUCUUGAGGUAUUCACAGACCCUGUUGCUUCCCCCACUGGUUUUCCCUUCAAGGUAUUGGGUCUGGAAGGUACACUGGCGGAUCCAGCUACGUACGAAGCACGAGACCGCGUUUGCAACCUUGGUUACCUGCGCAACGCCUACGUCCGCCCUGACGGAAAGAUUGGAUUUCGCUGUGCUUCGGAGCCCGUGGAUCAGUUCGUGAAGAAGGGAGGUUCUCAGGAGCAAACAGAAGGGCGCAAGUGCCUUUGCAACGCACUCUGCGCGGAUGCGGGUUAUCCUCAAGUAUACGGCAAGACCGAGGAGAGUUUUUUCUUGGAGCCCUCGCUCAUAACGAUUGGAGAUGACGUGAACAACUGCCGCAAGUUCAUUCAGAAGGACGAAGAGAGCGGGCGAUUGGGAUACUCCUCUCGCGAUGUGGUUGACUAUCUCCUGAGUGAAUGGAAAGCCUGUGAAGAAUUGGAAGGAGCUACCAACGCCACCGAGACCCUUUUGCGUCCCUAG